GCCAAAACGAAGAAGCUGAAAUUCUUUCUAAUCAAAAAGAAGUUGUGGAAGAUUUUAUACAUGAAGGUGAAAAUAAUAUCAAAAAAGGUCAUGAUAUAAGAAAAGAAGAUAAAAAGAUAAAUAAUGAACUUUUUGUUCCAAUCGCAAAUAUUGAUGAUUCAUAUUCAAGCUAUAAAAGAAAAAUGAGUUUUGGAAAAAUUUCUCUUAAUGAUGUUAAUGUAGAAGAAUUAAGUCAAUAA